AUGCGCGUUCAUAUACAACAUGAUUUGAGAGCAGAAGAAUUUUCAAAGUUACUCAUUGAUAUAGGGAAUGGACAAAUUUCAGAAGUUGACGGACGAAUAAGUAUUCCGGAUAACCUAGGUGGUAUUGUUGAUGAUUUAACUACAUUAACUGAUAAAAUAUACCCAGAUAUCAAUAAAAUUGGAGUUAAUUGCUCUUUAUGGCUAAAAGAAAGAGCUAUUCUGACUCCAACGAAUGAUUCAGCGAAUAGCAUUAACAACUAUCUUAUAGAAAAGCUAUCAACUAAUCAAAUGAAGUAUAAAUCUAUUGAUACAGUCGUAGAAGUUGAUGAUGCUGUCCAUUAUUCUGUCGAGUUCUCACAUACACUCAACCCAUCCGGAAUACCAUCUCAUAUUCUCAAUCUUAAAAUUGGAGCACCAAUAAUGUUACUGCGCAAUUUGAAUCCUCCAAAACUAUGUAACGGUACCAGACUACAAGUGAAAAAUUUACAUAAAAAUAUUAUUGAAGCUACAAUUUUAACAGGUAAACAUGAAGGAGAAGUCGUAUUUAUUCCAAGAAUUCCUUUGGUUCCAUCUGACUACCAUUUCAACUUCAAACGUCUACAAUUUCCUGUUAGGGUUUGCUAUGCUAUGACUAUCAAUAAAGCGCAGGGGCAGAGGUUAAAAUUAGCUGGUGUAGAUUUGAGACAUGAUUGUUUUUAUCAUGGUCAGUUUUACGUGGCAUGCUCAAGGGUCAGUUCACCGGACAACUUGAUUAUUCUUCAACCAGAAAAAAAGACGAAAAACAUUGUUUACAAGGAAAUUUUAAGUUUGUAA